CCGCGGGGAGGGCGCUGAACGACGGCGACGCUCGCGAGGCCCGAGGAAGCAGCUGGGCCCGGGCAUGGUGGCCUGGGGCGGCGCGGAAGAAGUUCCACCAUGAGGCGAGGUGGAUGGAGGAAGAGAGCAGAGCAUGAUGGCUGGGAGAAAUGGGGCGGGUACAUGGCUGCCAAGGUCCAGAAGCUGGAGGAGCAGUUCCGCUCAGAUGCUGCUAAGCAGAAGGAUGGGACAGCAUCUGCAAUAUUUAGUGGAGUUGCCAUCUACGUUAAUGGAUAUACAGAUCCUUCUGCUGAGGAAUUGAGAAAUCUAAUGAUGUUGCAUGGAGGUCAAUACCAUGUGUAUUAUUCUAGAUCCAAAACAACACACAUUAUUGCUACAAAUCUUCCUAAUGCCAAAAUUAAAGAAUUAAAGGGGGAAAAAGUAAUUCGACCAGAAUGGAUUGUGGAAAGCAUCAAAGCAGGGAGACUCUUGUCCUCUGUUCCCUACCAGCUGUACACCAAGCCCUCCGCCGCACAGAAGAGUCUCAACUUCAAUCCUGUGUGCAAACCUGAGGAUCCUGUGCCAGGUCCAAGCAAUAUAGCCAAACAGCUCAACAACAGGGUAAAUCACGUAAUUAAGAAGACUGAGACAGAAAGUGAAGGGAAAGCAAACGGACUGAGCAGCUGGGAUGGAGACGGUGCAAAUGACGGUCUCAGUCUUGAGGACCCGGAACACACGUUCCCAGGAAGGACACAGAAUGGAGUGAUGCAUCCCAGAGACACCGCUGUCAUUUUUAAUGGACACACCCAUAGUUCAAAUGGUGCCUUAAAGACACAGGAUUGCUCCGUGCCUGUGGGCAACAGCGUUGCUAGCAGGCUCUCUUUAGACUCCGCGCAGGAGGAGAAGAGGGCAGAGAAGAGCAGCACUGACUUCAGAGACUGCACAGUGCAGCACUUGCAGCACAGCACCAGAAGUGCAGAUGCUUUGCGGAGUCCACACAGAACUAAUUCUCUCUCACCAUCUUUGCACAGUCACACUAAAAUCAAUGGUGCUCACCACUCCACUGUUCAGGGGCCUUCAAGCACAAAAAGCACUUCUGUUCUGACUCUAAGUAAAGUAGCACCUUCAGUGCCAUCCAAACCAUCAGACUGCAACUUCAUUUCAGAUUUCUAUUCACGUUCAAGGCUGCAUCACAUCUCAACAUGGAAAUGUGAAUUGACUGAGUUUGUCAAUACCCUACAGAGACAAAGUAGUGGUAUCUUUCCGGGAAGGGAAAAGUUAAAAAAAGUGAAAACAGGCAGGUCUUCCCUUGUUGUAACUGACACAGGCAACAUGUCUGCACUGAGCUCACCCAAACACCAGAGCUGUGUAAUGCAUGUUGAUAUGGACUGCUUCUUUGUAUCAGUGGGCAUACGGAACAGACCAGAUCUCAAAGGAAAACCAGUGGCUGUUACAAGUAACAGAGGCACAGGAAAGGCACCUUUACGUCCUGGUGCUAACCCGCAGCUGGAGUGGCAGUAUUACCAGAAUAAAAUCCUGAGAGGAAAAGCAGCAGAUAUACCAGAUUCAUCAGUAUGGGAGAAUCAGGAUUCUACACAAACAAAUGGAAUCGAUUCUGUUCUGUCAAAAGCUGAAAUUGCUUCUUGUAGUUAUGAAGCCAGACAAGUUGGCAUUAAGAACGGAAUGUUUUUUGGACAUGCUAAACAGCUGUGUCCUAAUCUGCAAGCUGUUCCAUAUGAUUUUCAUGCGUGCAGGGAAGUUGCCCAAGCAAUGUAUGAAACACUGGCAAGCUACACACACAGCAUUGAGGCUGUCAGUUGUGAUGAAGCGCUGAUUGACGUCACUGACAUCCUUGCAGAGACUAAACUUUCUCCUGAGGAGUUUGCAGCUGCUCUCCGUAUGGAGAUCAAAGACAAGACUAACUGUGCUGCCUCUGUUGGAAUCGGUUCUAAUAUUCUUCUUGCUAGAAUGGCAACUAAAAAAGCAAAGCCAGAUGGGCAGUACCACCUGCAGCCAGACGAGGUAGAUGAUUUCAUCAGAGGGCAGCUGGUCACUAACCUCCCGGGAGUUGGACGCUCAAUGGAAUCUAAACUAGCAUCUUUGGGAAUUAGGACUUGUGGAGAUUUACAAUGUUUGACCAUGUCAAAACUCCAGAAAGAAUUUGGCCCCAAGACAGGGCAGAUGCUGUAUAGAUUCUGCCGGGGUUUGGAUGAUAGACCUGUUAGGACAGAGAAGGAACGAAAAUCUGUUUCAGCUGAGAUCAACUAUGGAAUAAGGUUCACCCAGCCCAAAGAAGCAGAAGCUUUCCUUCUAAGUCUUUCAGAAGAAAUUCAAAGACGACUUGAAGCUGCUGGCAUGAAGGGCAAACGCCUGACUCUGAAAAUCAUGGUACGGAAGCCAGGAGCCCCUAUAGAAACUGCAAAAUUUGGAGGACAUGGAAUUUGUGAUAACAUCGCCAGGACUGUAACUCUGGACCAGGCAACAGAUAGUGCAAAAAUAAUUGGAAAAGCUACUCUAAACAUGUUUCAUACAAUGAAACUAAAUAUAUCGGAUAUGAGAGGGGUUGGUAUUCAAGUGAAUCAGUUGGUUCCUGCUAAUUCAAAUCCUUCCACGUGUUCAAGUCAUCCAUCAGCUCAGUCAAGCCUCUUUCCUGGUCGGCCACAUUCUGUCCGUGAUCUCUUCCAACUUCAGAAAGCUAAGAAACCCACAGAAGAGGAGCACAAGGAAGUGCUUCUGGCUGCUGUGGACCUGGAGGUGUCCUCCACCUCUAGAGCUUGUGGUUUAUUGUCACCGCUCUCUGCACACCUGGCAGCUAGUGUCAGUCCUGACACUAACAGCAGUGAGUGUUCCAGGAAAUGGAAUGGCCUACAUUCUCCGGUCAGUGGACAGUCGAGGCUGAACCUCAGUAUAGAGGUCCCAUCACCAUCCCAGAUUGACCAGUCUGUUUUAGAAGCGCUCCCACCUGAUCUCCGGGAACAAGUAGAACAAGUUUAUGCUGCUCAGCAAGGAGAGCCACGUGGCGCCAAGAAGAAAGAACCAGUAAAUGGCUGCAGUUCAGGGGUAUUGCCACAUCCUGUUGGCACAGUUUUAUUACAAAUACCAGAGCCUCAAGAGCCUAACAACAGUGACACCAGGAUCAGCGUCAUUGCCCUUCCAGCAUUCUCACAAGUAGACCCUGAUGUCUUUGCUGCCCUUCCUGCUGAGCUUCAAAAGGAGCUGAAAGCAGCUUAUGAUCAAAGACAAAGGCAGGGAGAGGAUACUGCCCAUCCACAGCCAACCAGUACGUCUGUGCCAAAGAAUCCUUUACUUCAGCUAAAGCCACCAGCAAUGAAAGACAAGAGAAACAAGAGGAAGACUACCAUUGGUUCUCCCAGAAAGAUUCAUCAGAGUCCUUUGAAAAAUAAGCUGCUUAGCAGUCCUGCAAAACCUCUGCCAGGAGCCUAUGGGAGCCCCCAGAAGUUAAUGGAUGGUUUUCUACAACAAGAAGGAAUGGCUUCAGAAAGAUCCCUGGAAGAAGUCUCAGCUUCUAGCCCUGAUGCACAGGACCUGUCUAGUUUGCAGCCUGGCCAGAGCAGCUGUUUUAGACCAGCAGCACCCAACCUAGCUGGAGCUGUGGAAUUCAGUGAUGUGAAGACCUUGCUCAAAGAAUGGAUCACUACUAUCUCAGAUCCAAUGGAAGAAGACAUUCUGCAAGUUGUGAAAUACUGCACUGACCUUAUAGAGGAAAAAGAUUUGGAAAAAUUGGAUCUUGUUAUAAAAUACAUGAAAAGGUUGAUGCAGCAGUCGGUGGAGUCCGUGUGGAACAUGGCCUUUGACUUUAUUCUUGACAAUGUCCAGGUGGUUUUACAGCAAACGUAUGGAAGCACACUGAAAGUUACUUGACUGUCUAGGGAGCCUGGUGCUCUCUGCCAGCUGUGCUCGUGAGGUAUUUGCAAAGUGCAUGAUAGUGAUGCUCUGAGUUUUCAUAAUUCUACAUUUCUUUUUAAGCAAGUGUUUUGUACAUUUCUUUUCAAAAAAGUGCCAAAUUUGUCAGUAUUGCAUGUAAAUAAUCGUGUUAAUUCUUUUACUUGUAGCAUAGAUUCUAUUUACAAAACGUUUGUUUAUAAAGUUUUAUGGAUUUUUACAGUGAAGUGUUUACAGUUGUUUAAUAAAGAACUGUAUGUAUAUUUUGUA